AUGACCCUCCCGGGCGUGACGGAGAUUCGGACGAAGCUGUCGGCGAAGAAGAGCCAGGUAGAAUCCUCGGGCAAGGAACUACCUUGGGGUGACGACCCCGGUGGCGAACCACGCCGCUUUCGGAAAUCCGAAGGCAUGAGAGCUUAUGUGACAAAGCAGAUGAUUCUGACUGGCUUGGUGGACCCCACCGUCGCCUAUGCAAUCUUCGAGCAGGCCUACAAGAAGGAGCGCUAUGCCCACGUCCCGCGGGAGCAGUACCAGCUUGAACUGGCUCGCCUGAUGUCGGAGUUCAGCCAACUUGCAGCCGCAGAUCCCGACAACGCCUGGGAUCCACAGGCCAGGAGUGCGGAGGAGAUCGCAACACCUGGGCGCUCCAACCGUUUCGUGGCCUUCCCGUACACGCGGAUGAUGAACUCCUUCAUUGACGUGGACCAGAGCGCGGCUGUCGUCUUGAUGUCUCUAGGCGAGGCGAGACGUCGGGGAGUCCCGCCGGAGAAUUUCGUCUUCCUCCAUGCGCACGCGGACGUCAACGAGGAGCCUUACCGGAUGCUGUACCGUCCGGACUUCACCAUCUCCCCCGCCUUGCGUACAAUACGUCAGAGGCUUGAGGAGACCCUUGGAGAGCCUUUGUCCAACAUCAAGCACAAGGAGCUCUACUCGUGCUUUCCUGUGGCCGUCCGCCACGCAGCCCUACAGCUUGGGGUGCCCUUCUUGCAUGCCUCCGAUGUCUGUAAGACCGGUGGCAUGCAGUUUCACGGCGGCCCUGGGAACAACUUCAGCACCCACAGUAUCGCCCUGAUGGUCGAGAUCCUUCGCAAGGACCGAGGCUCCAAGGGGCUCGUCACCUCAAACGGUGGGAUCUUCUCGAGGCAUUCUGCGGGAGUCUACUCCACGGAGCCUUGCAACUGGGUGCCCCGGCGUGCCGACGAAGACCAAGCAACGGUCGACUUGUGGACCGUUGUCUUCGACGCGGGGAACAACCCCAAGCGAGCCAUCAUCAUCGGUACACUGGCUGCAACUUCGGAAAGGUUCAUCGCCGCCAGCGCGGAGGCGAGCACCAUCCAAGCGCUGCUUGAGCGAGACGCCUUCGGCCUGCCCUGCUCCGUCCAAACCACUCCGGAGGGCCGAUCGACGUUUCAGCUCCACGCACAGUCGAGGUUGACCGAAAAGACUCACCGGCCAAAGCGUCGCGGACGCCUGGAGGAGCGAAACAUCUCGCUGGGCAAAAAGGUGAUGUCCAGCGAGUCCCUUCUCGAGUACCCGGCGCUCUUCUCCGGACCCAUGGCCGGGAGGCCUCCCAUCUACCAAGAUGAGCUGGCCAUGCAGUAUCUGGAGCUGGCCAAGCUGUACAGCACCCCGCACAAACAGAUCAAGGCGCACAUGUUCCACUUCCUGUACGCAGGCCUCCAGCUGCACACGGACUUACGCGCGCAGUUCGGCAUGUCGAAAGGAUGGGAGGAGCUGAAUGCCACGGCACUGACCUUCCAAGAAAGGUUGAAAAAAGACCGUGCCAGUGGCCAGAAGCCCAGGAAGAUGUCUUGA